UAACCGAUGUUCGCGUUACGGCUAGUGCAAAUGCCAAGCAGAUGGGGCAAUGCCAUAGACGAGACAAUGCACAGCAGGGACGCUGCCCAUUGGCAAUUGGCUGGGGUGGUACGGAGUAGUGGUGUAACUUAAGGACUCCGUACAAUGCGCCAUGAGGUCACAAGUAAUUAGUGCUCCUUGCUGGUCUUAUUACACGUCAAACUAACAUAUCCUGUCACCCAGUCCGUCGCUCUACCUUAUUUAAUUUUUACCGUUCUACUGGGGACAAUUAUUACCACCCAGAUAUACUAAUUCACUUUCACCACAAUGAAGUUGUCUUCUCUCUUGGCCACAAUCCUCUUGGCGACCGUGUCGUCCGCUUCACCCUUUAUGAAACGCGAGGUCGGCGGCGUCCUCAUCUGCACCGGCGCCAAUGCAACUGGUCACUGUUCACACCAGGUCUACUCCAUGGAGGAGUGCCAUCAGCUCCCUGCUCCAUACUACCAGAACACCAACACAUUUGCUCCCGAUGGCGAAGCUUUCACUUGCUUCCCCCGUCUAUACGAUUGCGGCGGCAUCUGCAUGAGCCCAACAGGGUGUACUUUUGGAGGCGUGGACUUUUCUUACGAGCACAAAUACAAUCUGAGUGCUAUCAAGUGGGAUAGCCUGAUCAAGAGCUUUGAUUGUUCACUGAAGCAGGUUUAAGUUAACCCGAGGAGCUGUCCUAUAUCGGCCGGGAUGCGGGUGUCAAGGAAGCGCGCGUUAUGCAGGCGUAUAAUAAAGAUGCUCGGGUCUCAUCCGAAUAACCGUUUUCGGACUUUUCUCUUAUCGUCAGUCGUGGACUCGUGGCGCAUCAUGUUCCAAGACCUCGAGUGCCUUACCCGCUG